UGAAUCUGAGGCGAAAUUUAACCAAGGCUCCAACGUUAACAAACGUCUGCGUACUCAUUUGCCAGAAAACCAUUUGGAAUGUAAUAAAGGUGAGGAAGUCUCGUCUCAAAGACCUAAACGUAUCAAACAGAGGAGUACACAUCUGCAGGACAAUCCUUCUCGAGAACCUGGGAACGCUCUGCAGCUGUCCCCCAGUGUUGGUGAUCCUCAGACAAGUUGUGUGGGACAAAAGCCAUCCACAAGUAAGAAGUCUGGAAACACGCUUAGUCAGUCACCAAGACUAAAUAUACAUAACACAAUUGGCACUGGAAAGAAAAGGUACACUUGUAAGGACGGUGGCCUGGGCCUUCCUUGGCAAUCAACACUAUCUCAGCAUCAGAGAAUGCAUGCUGGAGAGACGUCCUACACCUGUGAAGAGUGUGGUCAAACCUUUAAGGACUGCUCAUCGCUAAAUAGACAUGAGCAAAUCCAUAUUAGAGACAAACGUCACAAAUGUCAACAAUGUGGCAAGGCUUUUCACCAGCACUCACACCUUACUGAACAUCUCAGAAUUCAUACUGGAGAGAAACCUUACAAAUGUAAGGACUGUGGUAAGGCCUUUACAAACAAGUCACACCUUACUGUACAUCUCAGAAUUCAUACUGGAGAGAAACCUUACACAUGUGAACACUGUG